CUUCAUUUAUCGCUUCGCGCGGUUGUGAUUAUUGCACUUUGCGGCGCGUGCGCAUAGACUCGUUAAAUUUUUUAUAUAUACCUACCUACAUAGAUAUAAUGGGUGGUAAUUAUUCCGCUAUGGAUCCGAUGGACGUCCCUGUGCCAGAUCUAAGAAAAUUAUUCGAAAGAGAUAGUUAUUUGAAGCCUUAUGAACGAGAAAUCAGACGACGUUAUGCCUGCUUCAAAGACCUAUGGGUUAAGAUUGAAUCGUGGGAAGGAGGAUUGGAGGCUUUUACUACAGGAUACCGAUAUUAUGGGGUACAAUUCGGCGCAGAUGGCUCAGUGGUUUGGCGAGAGUGGGCUCCAGGAGCACAUUCCAUGCAUCUCCAAGGAGAUUUCAAUGGUUGGAACCCCAAGAGCCAUCCAUUUAGGAAGUUAGAAUAUGGGAAAUGGGAACUCUACAUACCAGAAAACCCGGACGGUACCUGCCCCAUCAAGCACGGCAGUCGGGUUCAGAUCAUUGUAAAUGAUCACUUGUACAGGGUGUCUCCUUGGGCGAAUUACGUCAAGCCAUUUGAGGGAUUUACGUAUCAGCAAUUCAUCUACAAUCCUGAAAAGCCAUACCAAUUCAAGCACAAAAAAGUAAGCAGGCCUGCGUCUUUGCGUAUUUACGAGUGUCACGUUGGAAUCGCUACCAAUGAAGGAAGAGUUGGCACCUAUUUGGAAUUUAAGGACAAUGUGCUACCUAGAAUUAAAGACUUAGGUUACAAUGCAAUUCAGUUGAUGGCAAUAAUGGAACACGCCUAUUAUGCUUCAUUUGGAUACCAAGUAACGAGUUUCUUUGCAGCUAGCAGUCGGUACGGCACUCCUUGCGAGCUGAAACAACUUAUCGACAGAGCUCACGAGCUGGGUCUAUACGUGAUGCUCGACGUAGUCCACUCGCACGCUUCGAAGAACACUCUGGACGGACUGAAUGAGUUCGACGGCACUAACGCCUGUUACUUCCACGACGGCGCGCGGGGCACGCACGCCCUGUGGGACAGCCGACUGUUCAACUAUUCCGAAGUCGAGGUGCUACGAUUUUUACUAUCAAAUCUUCGAUGGUACCAGGAAGAAUAUCAAUUCGACGGAUUCAGAUUCGAUGGCGUUACAUCCAUGCUGUACCAUAGUCGCGGUAUCGGUGAAGGUUUCUCGGGCCACUACGAUGAGUACUUCGGCCUUAAUGUUGACACCGAGGCGCUCGUCUACCUCAUGUUGGCCAAUGAACUCAUACACUCCAUUGAUAAAAGAGCCAUCACUAUUGCAGAGGAUGUAUCAGGAAUGCCGGCGUCUGGUAGACCGGUGGGCGAGGGCGGCACUGGUUUCGAUUACCGGCUAGGCAUGGCCAUUCCCGACAUGUGGAUCAAGCUGCUGAAAGAGGAACGAGAUGAAGACUGGAAGAUGGGUUACAUCGUCCAUACCUUAACUAACAGGCGUUGGUUGGAGGGUACUGUUGCCUACGCUGAGAGCCACGACCAGGCUUUGGUUGGUGACAAAACUAUAGCAUUCUGGUUGAUGGAUGCCGCCAUGUACACACACAUGAGUACGCUGAGCGAAUCCAACCCGGUCAUCGAGCGCGGACUCGCCUUGCAUUGUAUGAUUCGGCUCAUAACGAACGUGCUUGGUGGAGAGGCGUAUCUUAACUUUAUUGGUAAUGAGUUUGGACACCCCGAGUGGCUGGACUUCCCACGUGAAGGGAACAACUCGUCGUACCAUUACGCGCGCAGACAGUGGCAUCUCGUGGACGAUCAGCUCCUGAAAUACAAGUACCUCAACCAGUUCGACAAGGACAUGAAUGCACUCGAGGAGAAACAUGGCUGGUUGAGAUGUAAUCCCGCGUACGUGUCGUGUAAGCAUGAAGGCGACAAGGUGAUCGCAUUCGAACGCGCGGGACUUCUAUUCGUGUUCAACUUCCAUCCUUACCAGAGCUUCACUGACUAUCGGGUGGGAGUUGACGUGCCUGGCAAAUAUCAGGCAGUGUUGUGUUCUGACAGCAAAAAAUAUGGCGGCUUUGGACGAGUGGAACCUGACGGCGAGUUUCAUUUAACACAGGGUGUUCCUUGGGGAAACAGAAGCGAUUCAGUACAGGUCUACAUCCCGUGCCGCACUGCUAUUGCGUAUGCUCGCUGCGAAGAAUAAGUUUAUUUAAAUAACUAAAUGCUAGCUAAAUGUGUAUUUUUUAAAGUAAUACUAACGUGUUUGCACUGGUUACAACUCUCAGUUAUUUUAUAUAUAAGCUAUUUACUAUUAAAAGUAGCUAUUAUGUUAUAUGUUAAAUAAUAUGUUAAAAUGCUAAUAGUCUAAGAAAUAUCUGUAUUGCAAGUCUAUAAUCGCUCAAUAUAAAAAU